GGUUUUAGCGACAACAGCGCUGUAAACAGAGCAGCGGCCAAGACCGGCACUACGACAGUAUAGUCCAGUCGCUGUUUGCCGGUCGUUUCAUCAACGUUCAGAUUAUUCUUUGAUUUUAAUCGUUUAACAUCGGCCUUCAAAAUGACGAUCAGUAAGAAUAACAAGAUGCUCCAGCAUAUCAACUAUAGGGUCCGAAUCAUUCUACAGGAUUCGAGAACUCUCAUAGGCACUUUUAAAGCAUUUGACAAGCACAUGAACCUGAUUUUGGGAGACUGCGAAGAAUUCAGGAAAAUCAAGCCAAAGAAGAAGAUGCCAGAAAGAGAAGAGAAGAGAGUUUUAGGAUUUGUGUUACUCCGAGGAGAGAAUAUUGUCUGUAUGACAGUUGAGGGUCCCCCUCCCCCAGAAGAAGGUCUCCCUCGAGUUCCCGUUCCUGGCGCUGCCCCAGGCCCUGGCAUGGGUCGUGCUGCUGGACGAGGCGUACCUCCAGGUGCUGGCGGCAUUCCCGCAGGUCUUCAAGGCCCUGUACGCGGUGUUGGUGGUCCAUCAGCACAAGUCAUGGCUCCGGGUGGGCGUGGUGCUCAAGUGUCAGCUCCUCCACAGAUGAGACCGCAGCAACCCGGUCCCCCCAGAAUGCCUGUCGGUGGUCCACCUCCUGGCAUGAUGGGCCCACCCCCUGGCAUGAUGGGUAUGCAUCCUGGUAUGAUGGGACGUGGUGCACCUCCCAUGGGUGCCCCUCCAAUGCGAGGAAUGCCUCCCAGUAUGAUCAGAGGAGGACCUCCAAGGCCACCAUAUUAAUCAUGCCCUCCUCUUAAUGCCCCCUUUCAUUUCAAUCUACCCAAGUUUCCUUAAACCUUAGUUUUCCAUUAUAGGAAAAAGUCUUUUCAGUUGUUGGUCCAUGAAACUGUUUCUUAGUAUAAUGUGAGUGUUUGUGUCUGAGUAUGAGAGAUGUGCGUGUGAAAUGUUCAGUUUGUAUGAGUGGUUUCUUUUGCUGCAUUGAAUUCAACAAAUGCAAGAAUAAAAUAAUUUUAAUUUAA